AUGGAACAUAUACAUUGGAUUGAAAAAUCAAUUGAAUUUCAAAAUCUAAUAGAUGAUCCGACUAUACAUAAACCCACACUUGUUCAAAGUGGUGAUCAACCAUUUAUUGUUGGAGUGAAAAUCAAUGGAGAGUUUAUUAUGGCAUCACCAUGUAAAGUACAUAAGGAUCGAUUUAUUCCAAUGGAACAAGAAAUUGUCUUAUCAAGCAAACAUAAAGGUGGUUUAUGGAAAGUAAUAUCGAAAGUAACAUCACAAAAAGUAGAACGUAUACAUCGUUUAACUACAAAAGAUAUUGAAAGAAUCUAUAGACAAGGUAUCAAAAACCAGCGUAUAACACCUCGUUCAUAUAUUUGUACAAAAGAGAUAGAAGCGUUUGAUCUUAUAUUUCAUCGUAAUGAUCCAACUGUUUUUGAGGGACAACGAAUUGUUCGACAAAUGAAACGUAUCGAAAAAAAUAUUCAAUUUGAAAUAUGUGACGUUGGUGAAAUUCAGUAUACACCAACAGAAAGCGAACGAACAUCACAAGAUUAUGUAACGGUACCAAAAAGCAAAUCACGUCUACUUCUUGCCUUACUUAUAGCGACUAAUUAUAAUGAAGAAAAAUUAAUUCGAAAUCGUGUUUUACGUUCAUUAUAUUGUGUAACAAAAAAUGAAUCUGAUCCACGUCAUUUUUUUCUUGAAGUCAAUCAAAAACCAUGUGAUAUACAUCCAAUAGCUUCUGAAGGAUCGUCAGAAUUACGUUGUCUUCAUUCUACACAAAAUCUAUUUAAUUAUAUCUCAAAUCACCAAAAUAAUACUUUUCUUUUUGUUAAAUUACUUCGAGGUAAUAAAGAAAUAAUAUCAAUUCGUUACCAACAUAAAAAUAACCAUCAUUUUUUUGUUAAUUUAGGUAAGAUACCAAUAAAAGCAAUUGAGUCUUACGGUUACAUGUUAUUAAAAAACGUUUUAAUUGGUGAUUUAGUUCCUAUGUGUCGUAUUACAGAUUAUACCAUGUUUCUUGUUAAUCCAGAUCUUUCGGUUAGAGUUAAAUUACCAACAUAUGAGUAUAAAUGGCAUUCAUUAUUUGAUAUUCGUAAAGCUGAACUUAAAUGUAUGCAAUUAUCACUUACAUUAGUUUCUCAAGAUGAAUCAGAAAUCUAUGUUAUAGUUGGAGAUGAAAAAGUUAUGGCGAAUUAUUUUAGCUCAGAUAGUAAUCAACAACAACAAUUAUUUAUUACACAAAGACCAUUAGAUAAAAAUGAAAAAUAUGUUGAUGAAAUUGAAAUUAUGCGUUAUAGUCAAAUGCUGAAGUCUAAGAAUGAAAAUAAUAUUCGCGUACAACUACAAUCAACAAAAAAUUUUUCAAAUAAUAAUAACAUCAUUUCCAAUCAACAAACAAUAAAAUUACCAAAAUCAAUACCACUUCCUCAUUUAACAUCCGAUAAAGUUAAACAAAAUCAUAAUAAGCAAUUAAAAGAAAAUGGUUUGAAAACUAAACGACGUCAUUCAAAAAAAGAUGGAAAACCUGUUCAAGUUAAAGAAUAA